GUGAUUGAUUGCUUUUGUCUCAUGACGUACUUUAACAGCGUCCGUUGUGAUUUUUUUUCCUGGCGACUUGGUUAGUGUGCCAUGGCGCCGGUAAGGCCGGCGGCUGCGUGGCCGGCAGGGAAUUUGGAGUCGCGUAGCGAUGGAGUUUCUCCGGUCCGAUUCAGGAAUAAGAAUGUGAAGCAGAGGACGUGGCGAUCUAAUCAUCCGCAAGCCUUCGUGGGAAGCGUUCGCGAGGGACAAGGCUUUGCAUUCCGAAGAAAACUGAAGAUUCAGCAAAAUUACAAAAAAUUGCUGUGGAGGGAAAAGAAGGCUCAAACCUUACAGGAAUCCCAGUUCAUAGAUCGAUACCCUGAUCAUCUAAAACAUCUUUAUUUAGCUGAAGAGGAAAGACUCAGGAAGCAAAGAAGAAAGGUUGAACAGCCUUUGUCAAAAGAACAAGUUGAUCAGUCUUUGCCAAAAGAACAAUGUAGCAUUGCCCAAGCUUUGUCUGAAGAAUCUUGUAGUUCGGAGCAGCCUCAAUCAAAAGAACAACAUAGUGUAAGAAUAAACUCCAUUACUAUUCCAAAGAAAAAGAAAAAGAAAACAUCAAAUCAAAAAGCGCAGGAAGAAUAUGAACAAGUACAAGCUGAGCGUGCCGCUAAGAAACAAGAAUUUGAGAAGAGAAAACAGGAGAGAGAAGAAGCUCAAAGGCUCUAUAAAAAGAAGAAAAUGGAAGUAUUCAAAAUAUUGAGCAAAAAGACUAAAAAGGGCCAACCAAACUUGAAUCUACAAAUGGAGUAUCUUCUUAAAAAAAUACAAGAAACAAACUAAAGCAUACAUGUU